UACAUUUAGUUUAGGUUUCCUUCUUUUUGGGUGUAGGGCGCCCUACAUUCUUCCUAUUCUCGAAAUCUGACCAGGAAGAUCGAUCGCCAUGGCAGAGAAUGGCGCCACCGCGGCGCCGGAGGAGGCGUUUGAUUUCGAUCUCUUCACCAUCGGCGCUGGUAGCGGCGGAGUCCGCGCGUCCCGCACCGCGGCGAAUUUCGGCGCCAAGGUAGCCGUGGUUGAGCUCCCAUUCGCGCACGUAAGCUCGGAGAGCGCCGGCGGCGUGGGAGGGACGUGCGUCAUCCGCGGCUGCGUCCCCAAGAAGAUCCUCGUCUACGCCUCCAUGUUUAGCGCCGAGUUCCAGGACUCCAAGAACUUUGGCUGGAACGUCCCCGACGGCAUCACCUUCGAGUGGAAGCGAUUGAUCGCCAACAAGGACAGAGAGAUCGAGAGGCUCAACGGGAUCUACAAGAGGCUGCUCACCGGGUCCGGGGUGACGAUCCUCGAGGGAAGAGCGAGCUUGGUGGAUGAUCACACUGUGGAGGUCUCUCACAGCGAUGGCUCCAGCAAGAGGUACCGCGCCAAGCACAUCCUCGUCGCGACUGGGAGCCGCGCGGUCCGCUUGAACGUCCCGGGGAAGGAGCUGGCCAUCACCUCGGACGAGGGGCUCAAUCUGGACGAGCUCCCGCGGCGCUGCGUGAUCGUCGGCGGCGGCUACAUCGCGGUGGAGUUCGCGGGGAUCUACUCCGGGAUGGGGAGCAAAGUGGAGCUCCUCUUCAGGAAGAAGACGCCGCUGCGUGGAUUCGACGACGAGAUGCGCGCCGUGGUGGCCAGGAACUUGGAGAACCGGGGCGUCCAUCUCCGCCCGGAUACCAACGUGACCAAGAUCGAGAAAGUUGGCGGCGAGCUCAAGGUCUCGAUUGACAACGGUGGCGAGAUCAUAACCGACGCGGUGCUCUUCGCGGUGGGGAGGAAGCCCAAGACGAGCGGCUUGAAUCUGGAGGAGCUGGGCGUGGAGCUGGACAAGUCGGGAGCGAUCAAGGUGGACGAGUACUCGCGCAGCAGCGUUCCCAGCAUCUGGGCGAUCGGGGACGUGACCAACAGGAUCAAUCUCACGCCGGUGGCACUCAUGGAGGGGACGUGCUUCGCAAAGACGGCGUUUGGCGGGCAGGCGACCAAGCCCGACCACGAGAACGUUGCGCGGGCGGUGUUUUGCCAGCCGCCGCUGGCGGUGGUGGGGCUGUCCGAGGAGGAGGCGGUGAAGGCCGCCAAGGGGGAGGUGGCGGUGUAUAGCUCCAGCUUCACGCCCAUGAAGAACACCAUAUCCGGGAGGCAGGAGAAGUCGGUGAUGAAGCUGCUGGUGGACACGGGCGAUGAUCGAGUGCUGGGGGUUGCGAUGUGUGGGCCGGACGCCCCCGAGAUCAUGCAGGGGAUUGGUGUGGCGCUCAAGGGCGGCGCCACCAAGGCGCAGUUCGACUCCACGGUGGGGAUUCAUCCCACCGCUGCGGAGGAGUUUGUGACCAUGAGGAGCGCAGCCAGGUUCGUGACCAAGUCUGGGGAGGUCAGGAAGCCAUGAAAAUGAAAAUUUCGAAUAAUAGGAAUUUUAACUCUUAUUCGUUUCGUUUUUAAAUUAUAUUGAUUUUAUUGUGUUAAAAUAAAUUAAUGAAUAUUCUCAAGACAUCCUUUUA